ACACGAAAGAAAUCGUCGUAGUAAAUCAAAAUAAGGCUAGAAAGAGGCAGCGAGCUCCAGAAAAUUGGAAAAGGAAUGUGGAAAAGACCAGAAGGUAAUGAGUUUUUUAAAACUAAGGAUGGUGUGUUCUUUUAGAUAUUCUGCUGUAACUCUACCAAAAUACCCAAAAUGUAAACAUUGUACUAAAGUUAUAGAUGCAGUACUUUGACAAUGUUAGAUAUUAAAAAGUUUCAUAAUGCUUUUUACGAGAACCAAACUAAGGUGGGUCAAGACAACUUUAUCAUAAAGUUCUCCCAGAUAGGGUACAAACAUAGUGGAACGACGAGGCUAGAGGCACAGCGACGAUAUAAGCGACGUGGCAGGAGACAUACACAUAGUAAGGAGACAGAAGUCGCGAUUAAUUGCGACUCUUCAAAUUCAAUUUAGUCAAAACAAUGUUUUCCGACAGUGAAGAUGAAAUUUUGUUUGACAAUGCCGCGCUUCGCGGACUUAUUGUAAUGGGAGGUUUAAACAGAACUUGCUCUGUACAUCCCAUUAAUAAAUCGCGCAAACGAUUUGGACAGUAUCAUACACUAUUUUUUUAACUCAAGCAGCAUCCAGACCGAUUUUUCGAGUACUUGAGAAUGGAUAUUGCUACUUUUAACUAUAUUUUAGAAAAAGUGUCUCCAUGUCUACAAAUGAAUUGGACAAACUACAAUAAACAACCCAUUGGACCGGAAGAGAGGUUGGUUAUUACUUUAAGAUAUUGUGCUACAGGGGAAUCUUUCAAAAGCCUAUCAUUCACUUUUCGCAUGGGAGCUACAACAGUUGGAUCAAUUGUUAAAGAAACUGUUAACGCGGUAUGGAAUAUAUUACAGCCAAUACACUUGCCAGUUCCAACACAGGAUGAUUUCAUUAAAAUCAGUGAAGAUUACAUGAAAAUCUGGAAUUUUCUUAAUUGCUUAGGUGCAUUGGAUGGCAAGCACGUAAAAAUUAAAUGUCCCAGUCAUUCAGGAAGUAUGUUCUUUAAUUAUAAAAAAUUCUUCUCGAUCGUUCUUCAAGCAGUCUGUGAUGCAAAUUAUCGCUUUACUGUAAUAGAGGUGGGAGGAUAUGGACAACAAUCCGAUGAGGGUACUUUUCAAAGUUCGGCUUUCUCUAAAUUACUUUCAAAGAAACAAUUAAAUGUACCAACUGAACAGUCUCUACCACAUACGCAAAUUCGAAUGCCAUUUGUUUUCAUAGCCGAUGAAGCAUAUCCACUACAAGAAAACUUGCUUAAACCCUAUAGUAGACAAACUCUGAAUCCUGAAAGGCAGUACUUUAACCAGCGAUUAUCUAGAGCUAGGAAGACGAUUGAAUGUUCAUUUGGUAUAAUAUAUGCAAAAUGGAGAAUAUUAUCGAAAGCCAUAGAAACAAACGAACAACUCGCCGACAUUACAAUUAAGGCAAUUUGUCUUUUACAUAAUAUUAUCAUGGAUAAAGAGGGUUUCGAAAGGCAUUUAAAAUUGGUCACAGAAAUUCCUGCAAAUAAUAAUUUUACAAGACCCAAUUGGAAUGCAAGAGGUCGGGUUCCCAAUUAAGCAAUUUUUAUUCGUGACACAUUUAAAGAUUACCUAAAUAAUUUCCCUAUUCAAUAUGAGUGACUCUGUAUAUAAAAUAAAGGUAUGUACUUAAAAUUUACUUUCCUGUUAUUCCACAUUCUGUAGCUACUUGUGACCAAUUUCAUCUAAUACAUAACGGUUUCUAUGAUCUGGAUGAGAAGCAUUCCAUAAUGCACGCCUGUUGAACACGCAGGUUAUUAUGUUUACUUGCUCAGCCAUUGCGUAUAUGCUGUACCAACAAACAACCUUUUCUAAACCAAAACAUGCAAAAACCAAUCAAAACCGUCCCGUAUCAACGCGGCAAUAAAUGCAAAUUUUAUCUCGACGCGCACCGCGUCGCUUUUCUCGUCGCCUAGUACCGCGUCGAUCUCUUUACUAUGUUUGGCUUCAUUACAAUACACGAUGAAAUA